UAAAUGGAUGAUGAUGAAAUGGCCUUCAAACAGAAGCAGAAAGAAGACCAGAAAGCCUUGGAGGCAUUGAAGACGAAAGCAGCAGGAAAGGGACCUCUAACUGGUGGAGGAAUCAAGAAGUCUGGAAAGAAGUGAUUUGGCAUUAGAUCAUGCACUCUUGCUGAAUCGCAGCCCCCUGGAAAAUCCAACUCCCCCCACCUCCUUUGUUUUUUUUCUGUUUGGGUCUAUUGUAGAAUGAGUAAAAUACAUGAAAUGACCCUUUUAAAUAAUUUCCAAUGUGUUAUGUAAAGAAGUUCUGAACUAAUAAAGUCUUGUAACUACUGCUGUA